AUGUCGGGUUGUAGUCUAGAAUUGGAUAAUUGUAUUCAUCUGGAAUCUUCUCGUACGAUCGCUCUGGCAUUAUUUUACUUUUGAAUUUUGAAAACAGGAAUUCAUCAAAGCAGCUUGAAAUUACAGACCUCAAGUGGUGUAUAGAAGCUCGCGAGGACAGGCCAAGAGGAAUCGGAAGGUGGGAAAGCCCUAGUUUUGAAACUAGGAAGGUCCAUGAGCUUACGAGGACACAGUCGGUCCUGGCCCUGGAAUCAUCAACCAAGGCUCCGCUGACGGUUUCCGGGGUAUUCAAGCCGCGCAUUUCCAAGAGUCGCCGGAGUUCCGUUCAGCCUCCGUAAGACAAGCGCAGAUUUUUUAAAAAUUCUUCGUGCCUUUUUGCUCAAGUGACGAAAUUCAUUCAAAACCUUUAACCACAAACAGUGCAUUUAAUUUUUGAAUUUGAAAUUAAAAUUCAUCUUUCAUUUACCUUUUCCUGCACCUUUUGAAACCUCGCUUUUGCAAAAUCCUCGAAAGCUCCUCAUUCGAUCAAAGAAGCAGUUUUGCCGUCGGUUGUAAUCUUUGUUCGUUCCGUUGUUAUUUCUCGAGUACUGUAAGUUCAAUUUACCAUCCGUACGAAGUGCCAAUUUUCGUCUUUCUCCCACUACAGUCUCUCGUUUGUCGUUUUGUUUACAGCAGGUCUACCGUUCGAUAAAUUUUUACAAUCUUUAAUUUUUCAAUCUACUCAGACUGUAAACUUCGAUUAUCCCUGUGGGCUGUAUAGAGUUAAAGGAUUUGAACCCGGCGACUUUUCCUUUUCCCCAAAUGGCCCAAUGAUCAUGGUCAAAGGCGCUUUUGACGUCGUGGGCCCAGAACCUUUGUACGGGAAAGAAAUCGGGUUAAUCGUCGGCUUUAUGGACUAAUGUCUUGUACAGAGGCGUUGUGAGUCAGCAUUGUUUUUGGGCUGGAUACAUAAAGUCGGAAGUAAUUCUGAUUAGCAAUAUUGGAAAUGGCAAAAAUUAUAUAUAACGUUUUGUAUUACUCUUUAGAAUUUCUGGAAUCAAAGCUUUAUAUAAAAAGUUAAGCCUGUUCUUGAACGUCCAAAGUUUUUACAACUUCCUGUGGCUUUAUGACUCGUUGCUGACUCGUUGCAAGAUAUGUUUUUUUUUUGAUUUGAACCCUAAAACAUUUUUGAUUCCUCUUUUCUACGAAAACGAUUCAUUUUUUGGUCAAGGUUCGGAAAAUUCGAUUCGUACUUUAAAAUGGGCGGGGUUUAACUCAACACGUACAUUACUAAUUCAAAGCUUGCGAAGACCUACAAAUCCUUUGAUAUUUGACGUUGAAGGUUGAGAUCUUUAGGGAUGUCUUUUCGUAGAGAAUAGAGACUGUUCUAAAUAAACACGAAGCCUUUCAAAGUGCACACACGCCAUGAGAAACGGUCUAUUUUGGUCUUGGACCUCCGAUGGAAUCAUUUUUUACCGUAAUCGGUGACUCCGAAAAUCCGUUUCUUUUAUCAUCACUUUUAAUGGCUACUGUAAUGUUUGCGCCGGAAAAUUACUUUUUUAAGGCGCUUAGACCUGGUUUCAGAUCUGUUUUUGACUCUGACUUGCGGAGAUGUAAGACGUUUAGACCUACAUCUAUUUUCGUAGAAAUAACGCAUUUCCUGCUCGUAGGGGAUUAGGCCAAUCCAUUGAAUUGUCUACAGUAGAGAGAGAUAGUCAUCCGAAAAGUAAUGAUCUCAGCGGAAUUAUUGUGCAAUCAGGAAUGUCGAUUUCUCAAUUAAUCUCAAUGUUUUCUAAGGCUGAUUAAUCCAAAAAAUGCUUGUAGAUGAAAACUUGGACCUUGUUCUCAAAUUAAACCGUCAAAUCGUAGGCCUUUCGCAGACAGAAGCACUGAAGACUAAUUUCUUACCAAUAGAAAUUCUGCUAGUAGCUCUCUCUAAACAAUUUGGUUUACUGUUCUUUCGUCACCCGUACUUUUGCUACAAUUAUCUCUGAAACUCUUUGCAUGUGUUGAGAGAAGGUAUCCGUCGAAGCGGGACUUAUGUUUUUAUGUUUACAAUAUGCGGAAAUCUUUCUCAUCCGCCCACUGAGAGUAAUGUAGUGUUGAAAAGAAGUACUCCAAUCCAUCUUGAAGUCUUUCGUACGUUUUAUUUCUACGCCUUUUAGAGCGAGUACGGUAGAGUGGGGGCAAGUGUGUAUUUUGCACUUUUGCAAUUAGGAGAAUUUAGUUGUUGAAACAUUUCAUGCCUAUUUGAAGCGUUAGACGAGGAGUAGUAGUUGCGUUAUUUGAGACGAAAGUUUGAUAAAAGUGGUAGAUAAAGAGCUCGGCAAAUUGGUAUACAAGACAAGGUCGGGCCUAUAUCUAUAAUAUUUUUUUUGAGCUUUUGUUGGCUGAAAUAUUUUUUAGCCUUAUGCCUCGGAACUUCGCUCAUGAUUCUGUAGAGGACCUAUCUGUGAAGUCACUGCCAGAUAUCCCAAAUCUUUUCCGGUCUCGGCGAGAAUUCACAGUCAUUCAGCUGAGUGAGAUUAAUGUUCUGACCUGUUGGCCUAGCCAGCCAUGGGGAAAACUAGAAUUUUUGGUUGUUCAAUUGGUGCUUUGCCAGUGCGGAUUUGUCGUUUUAUCCAAUUUGAAUUCCGUUGGAAAGGUUUAGCCGGAUUUGAUAUAUGGGAAUUGAUGUAUGGCUUUCGUAGAUAAUGCACGCGAAGUUUAAAGGAAAAUGAAGUCGUCAUUCUUGGAGGAUUCGUAGUCCCGAAAAGACGUUGAAUCAAAGUUUUCCUACGGUAUCUUAAAGCCGGUAAGAGUCUCCAGCUAUGCUGCAACGUUGUUUAAAAUUGCAUCCACGGUCUGUCUACUCAAACUCUUUUUGAUUAGUAAUUCCCUAAACAGGAGAUUCUUUAUGCCACGUUCGCCCCGCCUACACUCUAAAGUUCACCAAAAAUACGAAUUUAGCAAUCCCCUUUCUCUCGGUUGUAUCUGUGGGGAUUUGAAGGGCUUCUUUAAAAGGACUCUGAGGUAUGUAUUACUGUGAAUCUAAACAAAGAUGGGUGGGGUUUUUUGGUGGGGGAAGGAUUUGAUUUAUUGAAAUUUUUCAUUUUCGUUUGACGUCAGGGAUUUUUAACUUUAGCUUAUUGACUUUUUUAUGGCAAAUUAGUAACUUGUGAUGAUUGCCAAAGGAUAGAAUCGCUCAAGUUUUAUUUUCAAGCCUUUUUAAAAUAGACUUCUGAAAUUUAAAAAUUUAAGAACUGUACUGAUGAUCUCCUUAAAGCCAAAGUUUGUUAAUCGUGGGCAGUUUUGAAUUACAUUUGUUUUAACCUUCCCCUUUCGUCCUGUUGUAAAUGCCGUUCAUAAUGUAAAUCCCUGGAUUUUACAAAAAUUACUGAGCUCCAAAUGACAUUUAUCCCUAUUUUUUUUAAUUGUAAAUAGUCAAGGGAAGUCACGGGUCAAGAUAAAAUUAACAGUAUUUUUUGGCUUUCAAAUUACUUUGGUGAGGUCUGAUAGGAUGAAACAAGAGUUGGACUCUGUUUUAAGCGGGGAUUUGUAAAAUUUAAAGGAAAAGCUUAGGAUUUGAGUCAUCUUCUGGGAUUUGUAGUAUGUAUUAGUUUUUACAACAGAAAAUGGUUUGAAAUCUGCUUCAGGACUCAUGCAGGGUAUACAGUGGGGUCUUUUUGAGUGAUCGACUUUUUUUGUGGUUUACGGCUGCGGCUUACUGUACUUUUGAUUCGAACUUUUUUAAAUUUGAUUCUUUGAAAAAUUUUGAUUAAAAAUUAAUGAAACAUUCCGUAUUUUACAAGAAAACAAUUUUUGUUCUUGUACUAUGGCCGUAUUUGUCUUCCCAGAUUAAUUUGUUCUGAAUCCCAUGGUGUAUGUAAUGUGUUUUAUCCCCCAAAACAUCAUGAAUGGGCGGGGCCGACUCUGUGUUUACACCGGUUUCACUCAUUCUGCUGACGGUCGUAUAUUGUGCAGAUGUAAUCCCGUUUUCUUAAUUGAAUAUUUUCUUUCAGUGAUGCGACGAAAAAGUAUGGGUCUAGUUGGAGUGCUGGUGGCCAGCAUGGCGCUUCAUAUCAGCCGAUCGGCAGUCGGCGCCGACCAAAUGUCCAAGGUCCCCAUGGAUAGCAAUCGAGGUAGGUGGGUGGAGGCUAAUUGUUUGGGGGGCGGAAUUUAGAAUUUGAUGACAUCGCUUUAUGCAAAUUUUUUGGUGUUUUGCGCAGUGCGGAUUAGUUGCGAGGAUCUUUUGCAGGGGUCUUUGGGAGGCUAUGGUAAAGCUAUAUUUUGCAUGGUAAAAGUUUUUACAAUACUUGUUACCGAAAUGGAUCUUUAGCCAUAUUGGCUACAUCAUAAUUAAACUUUGAUUUUUUUCAAUUUGCCCGUCUAAUUCGACCUCAUUUUAGUCGACGACUCGGCCUGGGUUCGACAAUCAAUCCAGAAACUAUGGGAAGAGCGGAAACGGAUGGGCUACACUCCGUUAGUCCAGAUGCGAAUUCCCGGCUCUCCGGAGAUGGAUUUCUACUUCAAGGAUGAGUCGCGAUCCCGUACCGGCAAUCUGAAGCAUCGGUUUGCAUGGUGUUUAUUUAUGUGGUCAUUGGUGGAAGGAAAUGUGAAUAGGAAUACGACUAUUUACGAGGCAUCUUCGGGAAAUACGGCCACUUGUGAGGCCUACUUUUCACAACUUAUUGGUGUUCCAUUUGUCGCUGUGGUGAGUUAAUUUUUUGUAUAGUGUGAUAAGUUGACAUUUUUUUUCAUUCUCCGUGAUUUAUUAUGAUUACGAUAAUUUAUACUGUAUUUUUUACCUUAUGUUUUUAGAUCCCCGAAACAACGGACCAACAGAAAAUCGACAACAUCAAGAAGUACGGCGGCGAGGUACACAAAACAAAGUCUUCGCAAAUGUUCAAAGACGCUGCGGAGUUGGCGGAAAAGAACCACGGUUUCUACAUGAAUCAGUUCCAGAAUGCCCAUCAUGCCGAGGAGUUCCAUGAAAGUAAGAAAUUUGUUCCUAGAAAAUCUGAGCGCCGAGCUUUAACAAUUCAACAUUCAAUUUUUUCCAGGUGCCAACAAUGGCCUGGAAUCAGUGAAUGUGUUCCACGAGGUCAUCCAACAGCUGAAGACCGUGGAUCGGAGCGCGCGCCCGGUUUAUCCGGACUAUUUUAUCCACUCUGCCGGGACUGGCGGGACAAUUUCAUCGGUUGGGAGAUAUGUUCGGAAGUAUGGUGCAAAGACAAAGGUGAUCAUGUCGGACACGGAGUUCUCGGUUUAUUAUGAUUACGUGAUCUUCGACAAGUUCUCGAACGAGAGUGGAGCCUGUUAUUGGGUGGCGCCGGGAAUGGCAGGGACUGGAUUCGGGUACUCAGGACCCGCGAUUUUGGGAAAAACGACGAGGUAAGACAUUUCUACUUGUCUUUUCGGGCUUUUUGAUGAUUUUUGGAGUCGACAUUUUAUUUUUGAAUUUUUAAAACUCUUUUAUGUUACACUAGGAAGACCUUGACAUGAAUCAAAGUCCCGAAAAUUAAUGUUUGAUUUUCAGUUUACUGCCCUCAGUGAUCGACAGAGCCUUCAAAGUCCCAGACCUUGCCUCCACUGCCGCCAUGCAUGUCCUCAAAAAGUUGGGUGUAAAUGGAGGAACUUCGACCGGCCUUAACUUUGUCACCGCCCUCUCAAUGGCUUCCCGACAUCGCAAACGCAAUCCUAAUUCCAAAUUCAGAGUUGUGGCGAUUCUCGCCGACUCCUCAGCCCUCUACGAAAACACCUAUUUCAACAAAACUUGGAUCGGGCAAGUCUUCAAACCGCAUGGUGGACUCCCCAUGUUCAAGUGUUGGCAAACGAUCAUCGAGAAAUCUUAUCGAAUUGGGAUCGAUCCACUGGUCGCAGGCCCGAAGAGAUGUCGAACCGAGAACUUCCAGCCCGGCAAACUGCUCUAUGUAUAA